CGCACUUCCGGGGCGGUGGGGGAGGCAAGAUGGCGGCUCCCAUGGAGGUGGCCGUGUGUACGGACUCGGCGGCCCAGCUGUGGAGCUGCAUCGUGUGGGAGCUGCAUUCGGGCGCCAACCUGCUCACGUACCGCGGCGGCCAGGCCGGACCCCGCGGCCUGGCGCUGCUCAAUGGCGAGUACCUGCUGGCGGCGCAGCUGGGCAAGAACUACAUCAGCGCCUGGGAGCUGCAGCGGAAGGACCAGCUCCAGCAGAAGAUCAUGUGUCCUGGGCCUGUCACCUGUCUGACCACAUCGCCCAAUGGCCUGUAUGUCCUGGCGGGGAUCGCAGAGAGCAUAUACCUGUGGGAGGUCUCCACAGGGAACCUCCUGGUCAUCCUGAGCCGCCACUACCAGGACGUGUCGUGCCUGCAGUUCACGGGGGACGGCAGCCACUUCCUCUCGGGGGGCAAGGACUGCCUGGUGCUGGCGUGGAGCCUGUGCAGUGUGCUCCAGGUGGACCCCUCCCGGACCCCAGCCCCCCGGCACGUCUGGUCUCGUCACACACUCCCCAUCACGGACCUGCACUGUGGCUUUGGGGGGCCCCUGGCCCGGGUGGCCACAUCUUCACUGGACCAGACGGUGAAGCUGUGGGAGGUGUCGUCGGGCGAGCUCCUGCUGUCCGUGCUCUUUGACGUGGGCAUCAUGGCCGUGACCAUGGACCUGGCCGAGCAUCACCUGUUCUGUGGCGGCAGUGACGGCUCCAUCUUCCAGGUCGACCUUUGCACCUGGCCCGGGCAGAGAGAGAAGGCCUUCCAGCCGGAGCAGGACAGCGGGAAGGUGUUCAGAGGGCACAGGUGCGGGCCGGGCCGGGCGCGGGUGGGGCCCUGUUCCCUGCUCCCUCGUCACCUGUGCCGCCUUCCCUCUGCCUGCCAGCUCGGGAACCAGUGCUACAAAAUGGAGCCGCCUCUCAGGGGGCAGCCCCGGGAUGUGGUCACCGCGUGCCCGCCGUCUGCACCGUGUGUGUGGGAUGAGUGGUGCCCCCCGGAUGACACAUUCGAGACCCGGCUCCCGGUGCCCGAGGACGAGCUCUGGGAGCAGGUCUUUGCGGACAUGCUCUACGAACUCGAUGGCGACCCCAAGAGGAAGGAGUUCCUGGAUGACCUGUUCAGCUUCAUGCAGAAGCGAGGUUUUUCCCGUGGCCCCAGCAUGCAGCAGGUGCUCAAUGUAUGCCGGCCGAACCUGGCCCACCGGACCCUGCAUGGAGUCCUCUCAAGCAGCGGCGGCGGCGGCGGCGGCGGCCACGUGUGCAGAACAAGGCCCCUCGGGGUGAAGCGUCCGGAGGCCGCUCCGCGGGCGGGGGCUCACUUCGGCCGCGUGAUGAUCCGCGUGGAAAAGUCAAACAGGUCGCGGUUGACCUUCCGCAGGUUCCGCACCUCGUCCUCCAGUUCGGCCACGCGGAUCCGCAGCCCCGUGACCAACGCCUCCAUCAUGCUGGCGCCCGUCAGCAUGCUGAGCUCGGACUUCAGGCCGGGCCUGCCCCUGCCCCACUUCAACAAGCACCUGCUGGGCGCUGAGCAUGGAGACGAGCCACACCGCGGGGGCUUCACGCUGCGCCUGGGCCUCCACCAGCAGGGCUCGGAGCCCAGCCACCUGGAGCGGGCAGCGCAGCUGCACUCCGUGAUGAGCGGCACGAUGGAGAAGAGCGUCCUGGGCGGCCAGGACCAGCUGCGGAUCCGCGUGGCCGAACUGGAGGACGAGGUGCGGAACCUGCGGAAGGUCAACCGCGACCUGUUUGACUUUUCCACGCGGAUCAUCACGCGGCCGAAGUGAGCCCCCGCCCGCGGAGCGGCCUCCGGACGCUUCACCCCGAGGGGCCUUGUUCUGCACACGUGGCCGCCGCCGCCGC